AUGCCGAAAUUCUAUCCCUCCAUCUCGGACGACCUACGGGAUUGGGUCCUGCGUCAAAGCGUCUUCUUCGUCGCUUCGGCCCCGCUGCAAGGUCGCCAUAUCAAUUUGUCUCCCAAAGGGCUGCCAGAUGCCUCGUUGGCCAUACUUGGCCCGAACGAGGCUGCUUACAUAGAUGCGACCGGGUCCGGAAGUGAGACCAUUAGCCACGUGCGUGAAAAUGGUCGCAUUACGGUCAUGUUCUGCUCAUUCGACACAGCACCCGGGAUCGUGCGUUUCUUCUGCAAUGGUUCGGUGAUUGAAUGGGACCAGCCUGAGUUUCCACAAUAUCUUGACCGUAUGGGAGGCAAGGCCGUGGUUGGAGCACGGGCGAUCAUCCAUCUGGACGUGUUUAAGGUCCAAUCGUCAUGCGGUUAUGGAGUUCCGCGGCUGUCCGUGAAGCUUGAUCCCGACACCAACGAAUCCAAACCAUAUCUCAAAGACCGAGACACACUGGGCCACUGGGCAGGCAAACAGGUGCAGGCGAACAAGAUGCGGGCCUACCAGAAGGAGUGGAAUUACCGAAGUCUUGAUGGGCUGCCGGCACUCUGGACCGCUGUGAGGGAUAACAACAAGUUUACCGGGGUGGCACAACUGGGAAACUGGGCUCGUCGCCAUCGGGAUGAUAUCGAAACCGCCAAGACAAUAGUCUUGGUGCUGUUCAUGGCCAUAGGGAUUAUGCACUGGAUUGGAUAUGUCGUGGGGGCGUCAGGUUCGGCUUCGGAUCGACACUAUGCCAUAGCUGAGUUUGCACGCAGCUAUCCCCGAGACCCGGUGGACGUUAUCACCGCCGAUUUCUUGAGCGAGGCCAACAUGACCGCUGGGGCAGCCCGGCGAGUGGACCAGAUCCGGGCGCGGUAUGAACAGGUGCAACCCGGCCGAGGAUCGGCUACCACUAGGCCGGCACAUGCAUACGAGGCGUCAUUUUUGCUUGCCCUCGAGCCGGCCUUGAUGGACCUUGCCAAGCAUAGGAUCAAACUGGCGGUCAAUGCAGGGAACGCCGAUACGGAGGGUCUCCACGACGCGGUUGUGCAGAUGGUGCAGGCGAAAGGACUAGACCUCAAGGUCGCUUGGAUAUCGGGUGACCAGGUCCUGUCGACCGUCCAAGAGGCACUUUCGUCGGGCAAGUCCGACUUCAAGAGCAUCUACACCGGCCAGCCGUUGUCCGAGUGGCCCUUCGAACCGAUCUUCGCGCAGUGCUACCUCGGGGGACUGGGGAUUGCAGCCGCGCUAGCCAAUGGCGCCGAUAUCGUCCUCUGCGGACGCGUCUCCGACGCAUCCGCCGUCAUUGGAGCAGCAUACUGGUUCCACGGCUGGCAACGCAGCGACCUGGACCGCCUCGCCAACGCCCUCGUAGCCGGCCACCUGAUCGAAUGCAGCAACUACGUCUGCGGCGGGAACUUCACCGGCUUCAAGAUGCUCGAAUCCCUCGGCGGGGACGGAUGGACCAACAUCGGAUACCCCAUCGCGGAGAUCUCCCCGGAGGGGCAAGUGAUCAUCACGAUGCAGACCUACGCAACCGGGGGCGCCGUCACCGUCGACACCUGCUCCGCGCAGCUGCUGUACGAGAUCCAGGGCCCCCGCUACCUCAACUCGGACGUCACCGCUCUGCUCGGUGACAUCUCCUUCGAGCAACGCGGCACAAACCGCGUGGCCCUGCGCGGCGUGCGGUCCGCACCCCCGCCCCCAACGACCAAGGUGGGCAUCUCCGCGCGUGGGGGGUUCCAAGCCGAGGCGGUUUAUUUCCUGGUCGGGCUGGACAUCGCCGCCAAGGCGCGCAUGCUAGAGGCGCAGAUCCGCCACGUCCUCGCCCCGUACUCCGACGCCUUCACGGCGCUGACCUUCUCGACCCUGGGGUCCGCGCCCGAUGACCCGCGCACCCAGGACAGCGCCACCGUGACCUUCCGCAUUGUCGCGCAGGCCCGCACCGCCGCCGCCCUCGCGCCCCCCCGCUUCCUACGGCCCAUCACCGACAACAUCAUGCAAGGCUACCCCGGCGCAACUUGGCACCUCGACACCCGCCAAGGCUUUCCCCGGCCGAUCUUCGAAUACUUCGUCUGUCUCUUGCCGCAGACCGCCGUCCAGCACCGCCUGCACCUGCCCUGGAAGACGGGUGCCACUAAUGCUGGACCUCAAACCGUAGACAUCGCCCCUCCUCCCGCCGCGCAAGCGGACCUAACCCCCGCUCCCCCAAUCCCAACCCCCAUCCCCUCAACCACAAACUACGGCCCAACCAUCCGCGGCCCCCUAGGCUGGAUCGUCCACGCCCGCUCCGGCGACAAGGGCCCCGACGCCAACUGCGGCUUCUGGGUGCGCCAUGCGGACGAGUUCCAGUGGCUGCGACGGGUGCUGACCGUGUCGACGGUCCAGGAGCUAUUGGGGCCGCAGUACACGUCUACUGACACUGACACUGAUACCGCCGCCGCCGGUGCUGCUUCCCUGCGGGUGGAGCGGUUCGAGCUGCCCAAUCUCCGGGCGGUGCACUUCCUGUUUAGGAACCUGUUGGAUCGUGGGGUGUGCGCGACGGUGACAGUGGAUUUUCUGGGAAAGAAUGUCGCCGAGUUUUUGCGGGCGCGGUUUGUAGAUUUGCCGGUGCGGUUUUUGGAGAGGGGGAAGUUGUAG